UAAUAAUGUUACAUGAGCACUGAGCAAGUAGAAUAUUUAUCUAUGUGUAAGUAGGCAGCGAAAAAAUUAUUUUAAAAUACGAAAAUGCUCAAGUUGAAAGGAACUUUCCAUCAAACAUUGGCAGUAUUAGCAGAACGAAGACAUUGCUAAAUUCCAACGUGUUCCUAAAGUUCAACAUUAUGGAUAAAUAUCGCGAAAAUUUCCAUCAUUCUCUGGCUAUGCUCACAGUCUUUUUCAACGAAUUCUGCAGCGGAAUGGGAACAGGAUGGAUAUCACCUACACUGAACGCCCUCAAAAGCGCAGAUUCCACAUCAUCUAUGACAAUUGCAGAAUUCUCUUGGAUCGCAUCGAUUGAUCAGUUCGGUCGAAUAGUAGGAUGCAUUUUAGCAGCCAUAUUCUUGGACAUGGUUGGUAGAAAGCCAAUAUUGAUAAGUAGCGCGCUGACGUUUUGUUUGACGUGGAUCAUACUCAUGUUUACUAAAUCGGUUUAUAUGAUAUGUGUUGUCCGCGUAUUGUUUGGCGUCGCCCUAGGGCUCGAAAGUGGCACAAAUUCGGUUUACAUUGGUGAAAAUCUAUCACCAAGGGUGCGAGGUUUUUUCGGUACCAUCAGUUUGGCACUAUACGACAUCGGUAUGUUCAUGGAAGUGGUCAUAGCGACAUAUUUCUCUUUUCGUACAACAGCUAUAAUUAAUUUCUUCAUCCAAUUCAUAUUCUUUUCGGCAUCGUACUGGGUACGAGAAACUGCGCCAUUUCUACUCAUGAAAGGUGACGAGAAAAAGGCACUGGAGAACUUCAUGUGGCUCAAAGGUGUCACCGAACCUGAUCACGUGAAAAAUGAGUUCGAGCAAAUUAAGCUCCACGUACAAGCGGAAAAAGCUAAGAAAGCUUCGAUUAGAAAAAUCAUCACUUCGAGAGCUAAUUAUAGAAGUGUCGUGAUUCUGGUGAUGAUUUACAUCCUUGGAGGUAUGACUGGGUACGUAACCAUUAUGGCAUACGGAUCGAUCAUUUUCCCAUCUUCUGAAAUCAUGUCAUCGAACGCGUUCACCAUAUUAUUCGCUGCCAUUCAAAUCGUGACGACGAUUUCAUCGUCUUUCUUCGUCGAUAACCUGAAUCGCCGGUCGUUCAUCGUAGUAUCGUUUUCAUUGGCUGGUUUGAUCAAUUCUUGUACAGCAUUUUUAUACUACAUGCAACACGACCUUUUCGAAUCCACUGUCGCAGCGUGGUUGAUUUUCUUGUCCGUUACCCUCUACUCGAUCGUUUACCAAUUCGUUUACCCUGCUUUGUUCUUGAUUCGAAGCGAACUCUUUCCUCUAAGCGUCAGAGCUGUAGGCACCAGCUUUUGUCGAAUUGGCAUAUCGAUAACUAGCUUCGCCAUGAUCAAGAUGUUCCUACAUAUUUACUCGAAUUACGGUAUUCAUUACAAUUUUCUCAUAUUUUCACUCUCGAGCUGGAUGCUGGUAGCAUUCGUCUAUUUCACUUUACCCGAAACGAGAAACAGAACUUUGAUCGAAAUUCAAGAGGCACUCGAGAAGCAGAAAUAAUCCUAUAUUUAUCGAAUCGAAAUCAAGAACGGGACACCUAAGCUCCGUGAUAAGCAAAAUAAAUAAAAUGAUGAAGUAAUUUUAAAAAAAAGAUCAGAUAAUUGUAAGGAUAUAAUUAUAUUGCCAUUGUUUUAUCACUUGAGUUGGAUGUAAACAACUUAGAUAUAAGUAUUUUAUAAAAUAUGUCGUAGUUGGUACUGAAAAUUGGAAGUUCCUAUUAAAAAAUUUGUCAUA